UCCAACGCAAGUCAAUUUAUGACUUUAACUUCAUUCGCUUAUCAGAAUGGACUGGGCGAUAAGACUUUAACCCAUUCCCUAUCAGUCAGAAGUGAUGAAUGGGAAUGCUGGUUCGCGCCGUGACAAAUUUUUCAGCAGGAUUCCAUUUGCUGUCAGUUUCUCUCCUGCGAACUCGAAUGUCUGCACGCUGCAGUUACUAUGGAUGUUUACAAUUGUAGGCGCUGUGUUUUCGUCUUCACAAGGUGGGAUAGUCUGGAUUCAUGAUUCCGCUUUUUGAAUUCCCCGCACAUUCCGAAGCUUAAAGUGAGAUGUUUUUUUUAUUUCUUCUGACUGCUCAUCCACUACCGCUUCUUGUAACUUAAUCCGUUCAAUGAAAUACAUUUUUGCUUAUUCUAAUCUCUUUCGCUAUCCUACAUUUAUUCCAAGUUUUUUUCUUCAGUCUUUCGUUUUGUUUGUUUGCAUUUUGGAUAGUUUAGUCUUUGGUCAUAGCAGGAUUGAAAUUUUAAACUGGUCGAAUUUCAAAACUCGCUUACUAAAAACUGAAGCGUAUAGCGACCGGAUGCAUACUAAAUUCUCUCGUUACUACUCAGCUAAGGCCAUGAUUUUUCCCUAAAUCCAUUAAUCUUAUAGAACCCAGUUUCUUAACAUUACAAAUGUACACUCGAGGUAGAUCAUUUACUAAAUUAUGCCCUGAAAUUAAUUAUGCUGAAGCCAGUCGAAGCAAGUUUCAGUGAAAGGCUAUUUCAUUUGUGGCUUUGAAUUAAUUAAUCUUUGGUUAUAAGGAAAUUGAGCGUGUCAGUAGGAUUUUAACCACUUUUCCUUUAGGAGUAAAUUUAUAUGAAUCAAAAUAAUAUUCUUUGACAAUUUCACAACAGGAGCCUUGUACAUGUACGUUUAAAAAAAUCUUUUUUCAAGAAAUCAAAACACCAAGGCAGCUGAUAGUAAAAUCAGGCAAGGCAAUUAUCAAAUCUUGUCUUACAUGGUAUUAUCUUUUAUCUCAAGUGUAAUUUUUUUAUGUUCGGUUUCGCAGAAGAGUGUUGUGGUUUGGACUGUUCUGUCGGUCAGAUUCAUUUUGACAAGUUGACUGUAGACCUUUGCUUAUCACCCAAUAAGCUUUUGGUGUAAUGUGUGUGGCAGGCGUUAAAAGGGAAUGGCGAAGAGGGAAUUCGGGCAUGCUAUCAGAUUGUGAAGGGGCACCUCUCGCGCAGUGCCCCUUUCCGUAAUCUCUUUCUUCCUCUUAAUGCCUGUCACGCAGGCUACUUAUGAUGGUGUACAAGCUCAGAUUAACUCUAUUAUUAUUAAUAAGUAAAGAUUUUCCUUGGAUGCAGAUCUGUCUUCUACUUUGUUUCAUGCAGAAAAGAGAUGCGUAUAUGUUUUUCUUCUUAUUAACACUCCUUAUAGCCAAUCAGAAUAAUUAUUAAUCCUUAUUAUAUGUAGCCUGAAUUUUAGCUGUCUCCUUCGGUCAAAAACUCGAGGAGACAGCUGAACUUCAGGCUAUAUUAUGUGCGUGCUGUCCAAAAUUGAUGAUAGCACUGUCCCAAAUUUCUGGUAAAACAGCAGGAUACUGAAGCAUUGUUUCUGAGAUAUCCUUUACCCUUAUGAAGCAAAGAAAGAUGGAGGUUGUAUCUGAUCUGCAUGCUGAGUUUUGGAGUCUAGAGAAGAAAUUUUAAUCAUGACCUACGACCAGCAGCAUUUUAAAUCCUUUACUACUCACCAUACACCAGUACAUGUAGUUUAGCUCACUACUUUUAUGCUGGAGAUAAUGACCAGUCUAUUUUUUGUCUUUCUCACUCCAAUUAUUAACAUUGUCAUGACCAAUGUGCUAUAAGACUUGUUACUUGUUAAAGUGGAUCCAUAUUAUUUCAGUUGAGACAGAAAGGAGACAAGUAAACCUAACCUGCGAUUUAAGUGGCUCCAACAUUCCUUGGUCUUGUGAAGGAAAACAUACAUGUAACAUUGGCCAUGUUUUGACAUUGGGAUCCAUAAUGCAAAAUGCAAGUGGAGUCUACAGAUGUAAUAACUCAACUUCUGGGGAAAACUAUACCGUGACUGUAGAGUGUGAGUAAAAGCUUAUACAUCUAUGUGUUUUAUUUUUGUGUCUCAUUUCCAGGGUGCAAAGAAACUCAUUUUUACAGCUUGCCAUUCGGGCAAGCUGAAGCUAGCAUUUACUAGCCCAGACUUCAUUUCAACUAGCCCCAAAAGCUUUUUGACAAGCAGAAUUGGUUUCACAGUUCUUCUGUUGUUCGAAUUCCUCAAAAAACAUCACUUGCCCGUCGGGAAAGUUAGAAACAGAAGUCACUAGCCCGUUAGCAAAAUCCACCAGCCCCGGGCUAUCGGACACUACUUUCUUUGCACGCUGCAUUUCCCUAUGUUUUCUGUUCUAAUUGUUUAAAAAAUAAUUUUCUGUUCUCUUUGGGAAAACACAGGUGGUGCUGAGGGAAGAAUUCCAGCCACUGUUACCAGAGUCACUUUAGGGGGAACCUUAAAUAUUAUUUGUGAAGUUGAUGCUACACGUCGGGAAACUUAUGUUACCUGGUUUUUUAAAGGUAUUGUAGAAGGUAAGCACACUUAAAAUAGAAUAUUAGCAUCAACAAACUCAUUUUAUUUAUGUGUCUCCACUCAACAGGGCUGCAAAUAAUUUCAUUUUUGGUAACAGAUAUAUGUCCACCAGAUCCACACCCCAGAGGAGAGGGAGGCGGGGUGGGAGGGGGGAUAUUUUUGGGUUUGAAAUUUUCAAUUCCGGGAUUUUUUUGGGUUGGAAAAUUUGGCAAGUAUUUUUUGGGGCGGCUUGAUUUAAGUAGGGAUUUUUUGGGGUAUUCAAAACAUCUAAAGUUUGUAGUAGUGCCCGCAUUUCCCGGCUGCAAACACAAACAUUCCAAACAUGAUACAUGUACUUUGUGCAGUUGAUGUCUUGACUUGUGAUGGAUGGAUAGAUUUCAUUCAUUCUUUGUAAAUGUGGUCUGUUCCACAGCAAACAGCUCUAAUCUGACAAUCAGCAAUGUCAACUGUUCAUCUUCAUCGGAAGGCAUCUACAUUUGUAGUCCUGUAAAUAGUAUUUCCGAUGGAACUGCCAGUGUUACAGGUAAGAGAUCGAAAACUUUCAAAAAGACAGGGUUAUACAUGUACACAUCAGAUAGAGUACAUAUGUACACUGUAAAUCUGAAAACCUAAACUUUAAAUUAAUAACUGAUAAUACCCCUCCCCCACAAAAUUCAAAUAAUUUUUAUAAUGAAAAAAAAAAUAUAUAUAUAUAUAUAUAUAUAUAUAUCAAUGACCAAACCCACCCAAACAAAUCAAACAAAUUGUUCCAGUCGUCAAUAACGUAUGGGUGUUAAACUUAGGACAUUAAUAAACAUGCAGUCAGGGUUGUCAAAAGUAGCUGGCUGCUGGUGAAAAUUGCCUCCUACUUGGUUAGUAUCAGCCGGCUACUCUGCUUGGCUUUUCUUUAUAGAUGACGUUUUUUAAAUAUAAUAUCCCUGGACUGACCGCUUAUUUUGACAACUCGGCCAUCUACUUCAAAACUUUCUUACAACCCUGUGCAGUACAAACACAGACCAUCAAAAUUUGCUUUUAUGAUCAUUGCAAUGACAAAAUAUUCUUUGUUAAUAGUGAUGAAAUAAUUUAUGCACAUAAAUUCCCCAAAACUGGUCAUUUAGUAUGAAUCCAAAGAAAUAAAUUAUUUCAGAUUUUGGGAAAAAAUAAGCUUAGCACAGAAAAGCUCAAAGCUCAGGAGAUUUGGUAAUUUUUCAAAAAAUUCCUUUGUCCAGUUUAAUAUCGGCUUGCGACCUUUCGUAACUUUGCUGCUCAGUCAGCUGCUUUGCAGCUUCAGAACUUGCUCUGCUUGCUUAGAAACUUGUGAGGUCAACUUGCACAUGAAGCAAGACAGUGUAGCGAUUUGGUGACUUGUGUACAGGAGAGCAUGAGAUCAGUGCUGUGUCCCAGAGAUUUUGCAUGUUUGAUAACUAAUAAUGUAAUUUAAAUGUGUACUUCAUUCUUCAUUGUGCCUCUAGGUACACUCAACAGUAGUACCAUCAGUGCUACAAUGGAGGUUUCUACCACCAAACCAUCCAACUCUAAUGGAAAAACUAAGGUGCUUGAUAUUGUCCUUCCUAUUUUUGCUGGAAUUUUGGUUGUUGUGGUUGCAAUUGGAUGCUAUCUUCGCUUUAGGUAAAGAAUAUUCUGUUUAUUCAUGGUCAGGUUAAUGUUAACCCUCGUGUUUUUCAGAAGCUGAAGACCUGCCAGUGAUGUGGCAAGUGGCAUUACUAUACAUGACAUGUACAAGUGUACAUACUGCCUUACAUUGUUCCUUAAUAUAUUGUAUGAAAAACAGACUUGCCAAGUCUCGAUCUCUACUUUGUCGUGAGUCUCGUGAUUUCACAACUUAUUUCAUGCUCUCAGGAGUUGGGAACUGAUUUCUCACGCUUUAUCGAAAAGUCAAACUCCAAAAAUAAUUUUGGAGUUGUGCAAGUAGGGUUUGUUUUCAAGUCAGAUAUCAAUAGAUAGCCAGCUCAAUCCAAAGAAAAUGAUAUGUGAUAUGAUUAUGUGACCUCCAAUCCCCAUCAUCCCCACUGGAAGUCCUUCUUUUAGGAAAUUUGGGACAUCUCACGACGUUUUACCCAUUUCUCACUACUUUUCUCAGCUUUAGGUUCGGAAUCUCACAUUUUUUGCCUUUUGGGGGUUCGCAGGUCUGGAAAAAAGAAAUUGCAAUCAACAGAGGCCAUCUAGCCUGCAUAAACAUCUGUUUCUCCUCGCUCUUCUCAUCUGCGAUUCAGCAGCAGAAAUUCCAUACUGAUGACGCAAAUCAAUGUUUACAUAAUUAAUCCAGUAGUCAUGGAGCUCCAAAUAUAAAUUUGUCCAAUUUUAAGUUCUUCUGGUCGUUUUUGGUAAAGUGUUGUGUUUAUCUGCCAACGAGCUCAAGCAAAAUUCAAAUUCUUCUUCUAGAGAAGACUAUAUUCCACAAAUAUUGACUGUUUUGUUAGAGAUUCUUCUCAUUUACAUUUGACCUUUGUGGCCUUUUGUCUUUUGUCUGUCAUUCGUAAACAAUAGCUAAAACAAUGUAACUACUCCGUCGACCAAUCAGCACUUCUGACCGGAUUCUGGACAGAUUUUACGUCAUCAGAAUGGAAUUUCUGUCGCUGAGUCGCAGACGCUCCUCCGCGCGAAACAUCCCCAGCAGUGAAGAGUGAGGAAAAACGGAUGUCUUUGCGGGCUAGAGGCCAUCCUAAAGCUGUAGUACUGUACAUGUGCAUCCUGUUGUAUCAAUAAGAAAGUCAAGGCUGCACUCUAAGAAAAUUCGAAGCCCAAUGCUUUGAACCUGUGAAAUCCAGGGUGCCCAGCGUAGGAUUUGUAUGAAAAAGUUAAGAUUUCAUAGUCACUCAAGAGCAAAAAUAAAGCCCCAGUGGCCGCCUGCAGGCACUGCUAGACCACAGCCCAAAAAAAGGUCAUGAAUGAGAGGUCUUUGAAAAAAGAAAAUUAUUGAGGGUUAAUAUUUGCAAUAAUAUUUGGAAUUUUUAAAUAUUUUUUAUUAAAUCAUAAUAAUUUUAAUAUGAUAACUAAUAAUAAUUAAUAUAAUAUUAAUUGAUGUUUAGCCAAGAAUCAUUGCAUAGUAUUUGGAGAGUAAAUAAAUACAUGUAUUUACAUUUGUAUAUAACGAAAAAUAUACUUAUAACAAUGUGGCGGCGUAAACAAGGUGAUGAUGAUUUAAACAAGGUGACGAUGAAGCAGGAUUCUACUCUCUAUAACUGGGUCAGAGGUGCAUUCAACUUUCCCCGUCGGGGGAGGGGUGUAGGUGGUAAUUAAUUUGAAGCAGGGGUGAGUCAGAGUUGGACUUAGGGAUAGGGAUACCAACUUACACUGUGUGUCCAAUGGUUACUUGUUGUACAUGUACAUAUAAAUCUAAAGGCCUUGGAGAAAGGCUGGAGGACGAGGAUGAAAAAUUGUUGAAGAAUUGAGACAACUGUGAAAUCUCAUGUUGUACUGUAUUUUGAAUCUAUCUUUUAGACAUAGGAGACAGUGCUGCUGCAAAGCAUAUUGUAAUGGCUUCUUCACCGUGCAGGAUGAACCACCUCCUCCAUCACCAAGCAAAAGACCAAGUCUUACUAGUUUUUCAAGUAAGUUGUGAAAUAUUUUUUAGUUAUGUCUCUAGAUAUAUCUACUUAGCUGGGUUUUUGAAAACUCUACUGCCAAGUAGACCUUUAACUAUCCACCAGUUGUUUUUGUUUAAAAUUUUCCCUAAAGUAGCUCAUCACUGUAAAAACUAAUUGUGCAACCAUUGCUUUUUUUCUUUGCAUUCGUCUCCUUCUUUCUUUUUCUCUCUGUUUUUUCCUCUACAUUUCCUCGUGUAAUGUGAUUUAUGGACUUAUUGAAUACAAGAAACUUGCCUUUUUGGCCUCUUUCCAGUCAAAUAGCUGCAAUUUUUUAGGUACAUUUUCAAUUGACUUUAGUGUUGUCAGGUACUAUUGUCGAUUUAAAUGACAAUGUGACAUAAGUUUCAGGCUGUAGAAGCUUGGGAGGUGUAAGGCUUGAGAAUCAGCAGGUAUACAAACCUCAAUACAAACAGAGGCAAACUUUUCUUUUCACCCAAGUUCAGGGAUGUCACUGAGGGCUCGGGGCUAGGGAUUUUUUUUUUAGCGUGAGCCCCGGCUUUUGAUGUGCAAACAGUUUUCUCAGACUUACAAUAAUACAGAAUUACCAGGUAUGUUUCAAGCAUGAGACAAACAUCAAUUUCACAAUUUAUUAUUCUUGACUUAGUAAAACUGUAUAAAAAAUAACAUUGUUAUAAAUUUUACUUUUAUUUUUUUUCUUUUCAAAAUUUCUUGAAUCACAUUUUUUCCCCUCUGAAUACAUGUAGAAAACAGAAAAAUUAUUGAUGUACCUGGUGUUGAAGUUUAUGAAAUCAAUGAUAAUAUUAUUAUAAUGCUGACUGUCAUGAAUUAAUGUAUUCUGAAUGACAAAAGUGUUUGGUCUGUAAGCAUAGUUAUGUGAUGAGUGAAGUGAAAAUGUGACUGAAUCUUGUGGUAUAUAAAAACACACCACACAUGGAAUAUUCAAGAACUCAUCUGCAUGUUAAAAAUUACACAGUCAGUGUUUAGUAAAUAAUGCAAUAAUUAAGUUCUAAAAUGCAAUGAAGGGUGCAUGUUGUCAGUGGAGAUCAAUGAACAAUAAUUUUAUUCAAUAUGGCAAGUACAUUGCAUUUACCAUAAUUGUUUUAAUCUCGUCAAUUUAUUUAUGAUUAGCUGCAUUUUAGAACUAAUUUCUGAAGUGACUUUGAGGAAACAUUGACUUUUUAGAAACUAGACUUCCUUAAUAUGUCUAGACAAGAAACUGUUUCAUUAUUCUGGAAAAUUCUAAUUUACAAUUUCAAUAUAUGUUUUUAAAAUUAUAUUUCUUUUUUGUAAUGCAAAAAAUAUGCAGCAUGCCAUGUAUAGACUAGUUAAUUUACUUGUUUUACUGGACAAAAGUUUAUAAAGCUUGAUUUUAUUGAUUUGAUGCUGCAUUUCCUGGGUCUGAAGAUAAAAUUAAUAAGAUAUUCUGCAAAAAAAAAAUUGUGUAUUGUGGUCAAAAAUAUUUUUUUAUUCAGACUACAAGGUGACCUGUUUUCUUUUCUUUUCUUUUCUUUCUUUGUUGUCUCUGUUUUAUUUUUAUUUUUAUCUUUUGGCAAUAAUUAAGCUACUAGCAUGCAAUAGAAUGCUGUUGGUAUUUUGACAGAGUAUUAUUUUCUUCAGCGGAAAUAUUACUAAUAGUUGUAUUAAUAACCCUUGAUUUUCUUUCAGUCAGUUGUCUAAUAAUCCAUACAUGUUAAAUAGUAGACAAACUCACAGAAAAACUGUCAGGUUAUUUUAGUAUGUUGUGGUUUAACUCCUCUCUUCCUAUUGUUUUUGGGUAUGGUAUUGUUUGAUAAUGGGCUUGAAACAGUGGAAAAUAAAAUUUAUAAAGGUUAAAGCUGAACCACAACAUACUUGACCCAAAAUUUUUGUGGAAUCAGUUUUAAUACAGCUGUUUUUGAUAACACGUGACCUGCAAUGUCAAAAACUUACUGGAAUUUGGGGUUUUCUGUGAAUUCAACCAAACCUUUACCAUGGCAUCUUAUCCUUGCUUGGCAAAUGCUUUCAGGUGUUAAUUUGAAGACAGCAAUUUUGAUUUCUACACUAACCCUUGCCAAAUUUCUCUGGUAUGAUGAACGCUUUUGCAAAGAGAAAUCGGUAAGAUGGAAAACCCAAAAUCCUAUUUAAAAAGUUUUUGACAUCGCAGGUCUUUUGUUAUCCGAAACAGCUGUAAAGACAAGUCUUGUACUAGAAAUACGUUGUCGCAAAAAUCUCAUGAAGCUGUAUUCAUUUAUCAUGAAUUCAAAGAUACAUGUAAUAAUAAUAAUAGUAAUAACAUUUAUUUAUACCGCGCAAAUUUAACUAUACAGUUUUCAAAUGCGCCUUACAAUUAAAGAUCUAAAAAUAUACCUUACAAUUAAAGAUCUAAAAAUAUACCGUAAAAAAAAUUACAACGUUAAAUUACAACAUUAUAUCAGAAAAGGCUUUUUAAAAAAGGUGAGUCUUCAAAUUACGUUUAAAAACUCGAAAAUCGGAGGUGCAUCUAAGAUCUAACGGAAGAUUAUUCCAUAGUGCGGCUACAAAGGCUCGGUCACCAAGAGUAGGGAGAGUCCUAAAGUUAGGAUUUGAAAGCAGAUAUUUGUUAUUUGAUCUGAGGCUGUAGGAAGAAUUAGGUUUAAAGUUAACGAGAGAUGAUAAAUAAUUAGGAGCUAUUCCAUAGAUUGCUUUGUGAGUGAUUCCCUGAUAUUUGUGCCGUAUGUACAGUCGAGGAUAAUUAGCUUAAACGAGUAUUUCAAAUUGCCAUUUCACAUUAUUUCCUUGUUUAUUCACUCUUGGGCUUAAACGCCAAUCAUUGUACCUGCCUGUCUUUUUCUUCAUUGUUUGUGGUGGAUUUCAGAUUGCCUUUCUUGCUGCAGUGGAGUUUCAAUGGUAAAUCUUCCCCGACGAGGUUUUCAAGCCACUUGUUGAAUGGAACAGACAGCAAAUAAAGACAUCAGCCUUUCAUUAAUAAAACAUGAUGGUGUACCACUGCAUCAGCUAUCAUUUGCAGUUGAAGUUGUGUUGCCUGGCAACCCUAACAUGCACCUUGACGUCACACUGGAUGACGUCAACUGCAGACACCCAAGAGAUGUAAAGAAACAUUACCGACCCGAGUUUCUGCCUCGCUCUGCAAUCCACGCGAUACACUCGCUGAGCACAUGACAAAUUUAUAAAUUCACUACACAGUUCUGCAACUUACUUCACGAGGAAUCAAAUAUAAUACUAGUAUUGAUAGAUUACUGUUCAAGAAAAUUGAAUAGUAUUAUUUUUUUGUUUCCUUAUUACAGAAGCAAAGCAUGGGGCAGUUUUGGUAGAUGACUUUGCCCGUCAUGUUAAAAUUUUACACAUGGAUGGUGAUUACAGAUUCAGUCAAGAAUUUGAAGUAAGCUGACGAUAAUAUUCUUGCUCUUUUGAGACACCAUUUUCCAAAACGGUUACUUCCAUAGUGCCCUCUACUCACUUUAGAACUCAGGGUUCGCAAAUACGCCAAAUUUGGCGUAUUUUAUGCCAAAAUUGUUCAGAUGACUCCACAGAGGUUACAGAGGGAGUCACUUUGACUCCAGAAAUUUUCGGUAACAAACACACUUUUGUCCUUACUUUUUUCACAACAAAUACAAUUUACAUUAAUUGUAAACGUUGUAAACCUUAAUUAAAACAUCAAAAUUAAAGAAUUAUACUGCACGACAAAACAGGAAGAGGGUAAAUUACGAUCAAAGUAUACUCGAUGACCGCCAUCAUGGAUUUGAGCUUUCCAGGUCAACGGACCGCCACGGCUACUUGGUGUAUCCCUCACAAUAGUGUAUACAUGCCAGGACCACGUGCUGGAAAGUCUGAAAAUGGCUUUUUUCAUUGUGAUACUUGACUCCAAAUAUUUCAAAAUGACUCCAAAAUUUGUGAAGCAGAAGUCACAGUGACUCCACUCAUCAAUAUAACUUGCAAACCCUGUGAACUACAGUAUUUUAUAGCCUGCAAAACUGGGCUGCUAAGUGCAGUUAACCAUUGGUGGUCUGAGUAGAAAGGAAAGGAUGCGAUUGGCUUACUCUGCUCAAUCCAUUGCUUAUUUUUUUGAGGUCCAACUUACUCCUGAUUCCUUGAUGUUUGUGUGGCAUACCUGUGCCCUCUCCUUUCUGCUUUUCAACAGUACUACAAACUGAAUACUCUGGUUGGGAACGAGAUAGUGAGCAGGCGCAGUAGUCCAGCGUUCUCCUUAUCAGGCCAUAACCAGUAAAAUUUACUGUUUCAAGCAACAAUUCUUACCCCCCCAACUGCUUGAAGACUUACUAAAAUUAAAUAAGUUGUUUUGAAAAAUUUGCAAGUUGCAAUCGAUCUCAUCAAGGUAAUAAAUGGAUAUAUGGAAGUGUACUAAAAUAUACACAGCUUUUCUCUUUAUGGGCCACACAUUGUGGAAAGAGAGUGUUGAAGACAGAGUAAAAUUAUUGGAAUCAAACGUUUUAAAUUGUUGUCUUAAGAUAAUGGCUGAUUUGCGUAAAAUAGGUCGUAAAAGCUCCAAAAUUUCACAGCAAGGUUGAAACCAUGUCCCUCACUCCACUGCCCCCCUCCCCCCCAGGAAAGUACACCUCUGGCACAUAUUUUUUGCCUUACCGGCCAUGAAUGAUCCCUUACCUGCUGAGCUCAAAUUUAGGGAGAACACUGGUAGUCUUCCAUUUGUGUAACAGAUGGUAACUGUUACCCAUGUUUUCUUUCAAAUUUCUAAAGCUGCACAGAAAGCCGAAAGUUUAUUUUUAUGGGACCUCCUGUUUUGUCCUCAGCCAGAGCUCUUGAUUCAUGGUGCUGGCCGAAAAGAACCGCAGCUUUGGGGACAAGAAUGUAACUAGUGGGGGUGAAUGGUCAAAUUUAUUACUACUAUAACUAACAUUUUGAGUCAGUACUCGAUCAUAAAAGCUUACAUGUAAUUUAUUAUAAUGGUAUUUUUACUGUAAUUAUUUUUUUUUUCUUCAACAGAGUUUAAAGAGUGUCCAUCUUAAAAGCAGGUCAUGGGUACAUAGUGAAAAGCAAGAAAACCAAUCCAAGAACAGAUUUAACAAUAUUGUAGCUUGUAAGUUCAGUACACUGCAGUGGUAUGUUAGUUUUACAAGUUUAUAUAUAGUGGAAGACCAAUAUAAUGAACCCCCAUUUAUUAUAUAUAUACUGAUGAAAUACCAGGAUUUUUCCUUUUACUAAAAAAUCAUAUCUUCAUCGUGCGCAGUGAAGAUACUAUUUUUAUCUUUCACGUGUGAGGAUAUUGGUGUUGCCAUGGUUACUAACAUGACUAGCCAACUACAAGAGAGCUUCCCGCUCAGGCGCGUGGCCAGUUCUUUUGACAUUUCAUUGACAAAAGCUGAGCUGCCAAAUUUUCACAUCAAUACUUUUUCUGAGCUUGAAGAACAUUCAGGAAUAUUUGCCCCCAAAAAAAAAAAAAAGUGUUUUAUGUAGGAAUUUCAUCAGUAUCUAUAAAAUAAACAGAACAUUACAUGGCUGCUUGGGGAUACGAAUUUUAUCUUCUCGUGCUGAAAGUCUCCCACUCAUUAGAUUCAUUCACUCGUGAGAGAUACUUUCAGCACUCGAGAUAAAAUUUGUAUCCCCGCAUGGCCAUGUAAUAUCCUCUAUAUAUCAGGCAGACCCCUGCCCCCAUUUUCAUAGCAUCCGUGGUACAUUAAAGUGCAUGUGAGACAGAGUUUUCAAAUUGUGCUGCCAUGCAUCAUCUGUUUCAGCAGACAUUUUUUUCCAGUCUUCAAUCAUAGAAUGUUAAUGUUUGUGUUUUACCCAUGUGUAAGUUUGCUGUUGUCCUUUUCAGAUGAUCAUUCAAGGGUGAUUCUUUCUCUAACAGAAAAUGACCCUGAAUCUCAUUAUAUUAAUGCAAACUACAUUGAUGUAAGUGGGAUUAUGAAAUUGUGUUUAAAGUAAAAUGUGCCUGUAUUAAAUAAUGCCUCACAGCUAGGCUACAUAUAGUUGUUAAUAACUCUUUCGGUUGCAUAUUACUUUUGGGAUUGGUUCAGUGAUAGUCAGUAGUUGUCAACCUGUGACUACAGACCUUUAAAUUCCAGAUAAGAACGACGUCUAGGACGAAAUUUGACUUUAAGUUUUUUCACUUAUUUUGAAAAAAAUGUACACCUCAGAAAGCCUUAUUUUACUUUUUUUCAACAGAGAAUUUAGCACUGUUAACUUUGUUGAGGAAAGUGAAGCCCUUUCUCAAUCACAAGAUGAUAAAACUUCUAACAUUUGAUAACUUGUUUCCGCCACUGCACUCCGACAUUCUCGCAAAAACUAGAGUGACAACGGCUAUCACGUUUUCCCGCCAAAAUGACACUGUUUCAUGCAAGCGCACUACGUAGUAUUGAGAAAAUCUGGUUCUCGUAGUCGUCCUCGUCUUAGGGCGCUUUCCAAAAGUCAGAACUGGCCGGCCCAGUCAUUUUGACGAAGCAAUAAGCUUUUUGCAAGAGUUUUUGUUGAAAAAUCAUCUCCUUCGUGCAUACUAUUUAGGAUUUGACAUAUCUGGCUGGAUAGUUUUGAUUAAAAGUGAAAUUCUCAUUACAACGGGAAUGGUCUGGCAGGUCAGUUCUGACAAAUGGAAAGUGCCAUUAGAAUCUAAAGCUCUCUAAUAUCCCUGAAGGGAUGACUUCCCUUUGGACUUUGCCCACUCCCCGUUAGUUUUUACCUUUUUACGUGCCGUGCAUGUGCACUUGCAACCUGGAGAUUAGGUUUGCAGGUUCCUCGUGUCGCCUGCUAUAAAAGAGCAAUUGUAAGAAGAGUUGUGCUGUCAAGUUAUGAAGUGUUCAAUUCAUUUAAUCUACUGUUCUUUUCUUUUUUCAGAGCUUUGAAAAAGCUAAUGCUUAUAUAGCAACCCAAGGUUAGUAUACUUGCUGACUGUGCUUCAUCACCUUAGUUUUUUUUCUGAUGCUCAUCAUAGAUAAAUAAUUAUUAUUUAAUUAUUAUUUAUCUGUGAUGAGUAUCAGAAAAAAAAAGUAAGGUGAUGAGUAAAAGUUGUAGGCCCCCAUUUGGAGUUUGAAUUAAGGUUGCAAUAUUGGAUAUUAUUAUUCAUUCAAAAUAUUUUUCUAUUCUUGAUUGGUUGAAAUCCUCUGGCUAAUUCUUCAUAACCAGCUAGCGUUUGCCAUAUUUGGAAGACGUUUGUGAUAUCCGGUAAAAUGGCGUCAGUAUUGUAGUCUAUCGGCAGAGAAUGGCCAUAAAGAAACUAUGUAGAAACACCUAUCAUCAUGCAAAAAUUUGGACUGGAUAAAUAAUUAAUUAGGUCUUGAAAGUUUCAACUGAAUUUUCUCUCAAACUUCCAAUGUUAUCGUUAUCGUGUCUUAAUGUAAUAAUAUUUAGUUAAAACAGUUCACCCUCAGUUGUUUGUCUGACCCGCCUAGAUUAGCAUUUGCUACCUGCGGGUCAUUGUAAUAUUACUCAAGUUAAUUUUUGCAAUUAAGUUUUUGUUUGUUGUUAUUGUUGUUGUUAAGAAAAAGGCAUGGCAACUGAGAAGCCUUGGGCGGACAAGGUUGCGUCAGCUCAGCGAUUUUGGGGAAAAAUUAAUUUUUCACGUUUUGGGAAGAAAAAAUAGCCAUACUACUGCCUUAAAACAUUAUUAGUAAGAACAGCAAAAACACAACUCGACGAGUGACAAGUUUUGUUUAUGAAUAAUAUCUGUUAAACUGAACAUCCCGUUAUAUCCUAAAUUUGCCGAGAAGGGGACAUGCAAAUGAAGGCGGAAACCAAACCACCUUCCGCUACCCUAAGCCAACAUUAACACUUGCUUCUCACUUAGGGCAAAAUGUUGGCUUAGGGGAGGGGAAGGUGGGCACAUUCCCAGAAACAUAUAAGUGAUUCUAGUAUGUGUUAGCCUGUGUACAGAAGCCCCCUCUCCUCAGUAAAAAUUUUUUGACGGAGUCUGCACACAGACUAUGUUUUUAAAGUAAGAAUUGUUUUGAAUAGAUAUUGAAAAUUCUUGGAUUGGGCUUUUGUAUGAUCUGAAACAUUUUGCAUAUUUUAAGCGGAUAACACUCUCCUCCUCACACUCAAUCUCAUUCAAUAAUAUCGUUAAGUGUUUUACCCCAGUAACAACUUUCUAAUGAACAAUUGUUCUCGUUUUGUUCUUUUCUGUGUCACAGGACCCGUGGCCAACACCAUCAGUGAUUUUUGGCGGAUGGUCUGGGAACAAAACUGUACAGUGAUUGUCAUGAUAACAAAAAUUAUUGAAAGAGGAAGGGUAUGUUGUAUUCACCACUUUUGAAACAAAAAGAAAAAUGGUUAAGUUAACUUUCGCAAAAACGGUCGGGACUGUUGCAAGGGACAGGGGUAAAAAUUGGCCAGUAGGGACGACGGCAACGAGAAUGGUUAAAAAGCAAUAGGUUUAGAUUGGCAAAACAACAACUUCGCACGUGCAUCACACUUUUUGGACAUUAAUUUGUCGUCACUGCACGACUACGAUGUAAAAAUGCCCAAUUUCACGUUUUGAACAUAACUUCAAUUGAAUGGACUGUAUUUAGGUUGUUUGGGUGGGGUCUGGGACGGUGUAGUGUUGAAUGGGCUUUAUGGGAAUGCUUUGGGCGACAAGUUGUGACCUAGUUUUCUGUACAACUUCGUGAUAGCUAAUAAAAAAAGGUCAUACAGUUCCCAGGUCCCAUAAUGCAAUUUGACGCAACACCGUCCUAGUCUUGCUCCUAGAAUGGACUGUUGACCUACUUAAUGUAGUGUUGUUGUGAAAGUGGAUUUAAUCCUCGCAGUUGAAUAAACAACCCAUGCGGUCAUUUCCACUUUCUUCAUCCGCAGUUCAAAAUAUGAGUCAUUUCAUAUUUCCAUGAUUGUUUUAGCCGUAGAUGGAAGUAAAAUUACCAAUGAAUGCCGCGCCCAAUCAAAAGUAUGCGGCGUUUAUUCAAGGAUUAUAACAAAAACUCGAUACAAUGUUGUAAUCUACAUCAUCCAGAGAGUUACGAUUCUAUCUCAGCAAAAAGACAUUCAUGAUUGGAACUCAAAACUUCUUCCUGUCCUUGAAAGUAUUUACAUGCAAAAAUGACUAAUCGUAAUCGUUGUCAGUGAUUUAAGAAAUGUGAUUUUGAAAAUAAACGCCCCCCUGGAUAAACACCGCAUCAAAAACGCUAAAAAUUUAACAUGUGUUGCGGCGUUUAAUCGAAAGAAACAAGUUGGUAAGCAAUCGCCUAGUCUUUGUAAAACCGUCAAACCCUGUGUGAUGGACACCCACUCGAUACGGACACCUUAUUAUUACGGACAGUUUGCUUUUUCCCUGGGUAACGAAGGCCCUUGAUUUUUUUCUAAAUUCAACCCCGUAAAUACCGACACUUUCUAUGACCCCCACAGAUUCCGUAUAAACGAGGUUUGUCUGUAGCAAUGAAAGAAGCUAUUUUGGCCCCAAAAGUCCUUCAGGCCCCGUUGACACUUGUCCGAGUAUUCUCUUAAACGGGGGGUGUUUAUUAGAGAGGUAUCUAAUAAAAACGUAACAUCGUAGAGAGAGCGUUUAUGAGACAAGAGGCAUUCCUUUGAAAGGGGGUGUCAAUUAGAUCAUUUACUGAGUAUUAAUUUUGUUGCAGCACAAAUGUACCAUGUACUGGCCUUCCAAACAAGCUAAAACAGAAGUUCACGGUCCCCUUAGAGUGACAUACCUUGAUGAAGAAGCGUUUGCUCAUUACACCGUGCGCAGAUUUGAAGUAAAACCUGUUGAACAGGGUAGCCAUUACUGUCAGGUGCGUGCUGUAGCUAAAGGACACCGGUUCUGUUUAGAUAUAGUACUGCUCAUUAGCUUUCUUUUGAUUGGUCAAACUUAAAGAUUUUAUCUACAGACUCAAACGUUAGAAAUGCUAUGUACUGCGUAGUAAACAGUACCACAGGAAGUACUGCUCAGUAGCUUUUUUUUUGAAUGGUCACACUUUACAAUUUCAUCCAUAGACUCGGAAGUUAGAACCACCUUGUACAGCAUAAUAAACAGUACCACAGGGAAGUAUUGCUCAGUAGCGUUCAUUUGUUUUGAAUGGUCACACCUUAGGAUUUAGCCCACAGAUUUAAAAGGUUAGAAGCACCUUGUACAGCACAAUAAACAGUACCAUGGGAAAGAUUUUUGUAACGAACAUAAUAUCGCUGUCGUUUUAAACGUAAGUUAUAAUCCUGGCUGCUUGUAUUAGCGCAUACAAUAUUUUUUUCCUACCAGUUAUUCUCUCAAUUAUCGCCAGAUUUCUAGUAAAUGUAGAAACCUAAUGCUUUUAAACAAAAUCCAUUGUCCUUGCCCAACAGCAUAAGCUUCGUCUCAUGUCAAGUUUCCUUGACUCUGGCCAAAUUCUCAUACAAUAACCUUUCGAACAAGUGGAUUGCUCAAAGCGAAACCGAAAAAAGAAAUGACACAUAGUAUAAAAAAUACAUUAUAAAAUUAAUUAAUCAAUUAAUUAAUAACCAAUAAAAUGUUAAAACAGUUGUCGUUAAUGACAGAUUAAAGAUAUAACGCCUCAGCUCUAGAUCUGUAAAGAUGUCUUUUAGGGCGCUUUCCAAAAGUCAGAACUGAUCGGUUGGACCAUAGCCGGACCAGUCAUUUUGACAAUGAAAAAUGCUUUUUUCCAAGAGUUUUUGUUGAAACACCAUCUCCUUCGUGCAUGCUAUUUAGGAUUUGACUGAUCUGACUGGAUAGUUUUGAUUAAAAGUGAAAUUCUCAUUAUGACCAGAAAACUUUUGUGUUUUUCUGCCCAAUCAGAAUCCAGAAUGGCGGCGACCGUUUGUAACUGGUCGUCCCCAGGGCUCUUCUCUUUACCCUUCGUCCCCGUUUAGACUUUCCCCCCCCCUAUCUGCGUCUCCGAGGAAAAAUUGGGAUGCUAUUUAGGAUUUCCCUUUCCUGAGGAUAGUUUUGAUUAAAAGUGGAAUUCUCAUUAUGACUGGAAUAGUCUGGCCGGUCAGUUCUGACAAAUGGAAAGCGUCAUUAGAUGAGCAUAACAUUUUGAUUUAAUUAACAGUGGUGCUGUGUUUAUUCUUGCAUGCCGGCAUAGUUUAAAUACACUACUCAGGUGGUUCCUUAUGGAAAUAACUGGGUAAGGGUCUUUCUAAAAACUUUUAACACUUCAUGAUUAAUGAUUUCUUUUUAAUUUCAUUUGUGGAUGUUUAUAAUGUCAGCCCUUAAUAGCGUGUUUACUAAUAGAGCGUUUUCACAUGACGUCACGGCGACCAUAUUGGUGUUCCAAAACAAUAAAACGGCGGCUACCGUAAAAAUCCGAAAAUAAGCCCCGGGGCUUAUAUUUUUCCAAGGCCCUUUUUGAGGGGCUUAUUUUUGGAGAGGCUUAUAUUCGGAGGGGCUUAUCUACGAAGGGGUAUUUGCCUUUCAAAAUCGAUUGGGCUAGCCUUAUAGUUGGAAGUAAAUGUACCGUUUUUUGCUUUGUUUUACUUUGUAUUUGAGGGAAGGUUUCCAAGUACAAGCCCCUGAGGGGCUUAUACUUGGAGGGGCGAUUUAACGGAGGGGUUUUUGCGUUACCGGUUUGGGGGGCUUAUAUUUUGAGGGGCUUAUUUUCGGAAUUUUACGGUAUGUUGGCGUUCCACACCAAUCCUGUGGUAGAUAAACUCUUUCCUUUUGUAAAAGCUCUCUUUUGUUCCCAAUAAAUUUGCGCAGAUGCUGAUCACAUGAGUGAAAACGCUCUGUAACAUAAGUGUGUAAAUUGCUAAAUAAAGGUCCUCUUAAAUAUCGCAACGAGCUCUUAACAUUAAAAAGUUGGUUUAAAUUAAAUUAAGCUCUAAGUCAUCUCUCGCCUUAUUUUAAUUUCCUAAAGUCAAGUUAACUGCAACAAAAUAUUGUUUAACAGGUUUUCUCUAACCUUAAAAGAAUUCAAUGCCUAUCGUUUCAGAGUAAAAGCCUUUCUCCUGUUUGUGUCUUGUGGUAUAAUGCUACCUGCACACAGACGCAACAUUAUUGGCCAACAACUCGAUCCCAACAUUGGAUGUUACAUGCUGUGUCCGUUUGUACACCCUCUUGUAUGUUGUUGGGAGUUGUUGCGCAAAGUUUGAAACCUGUCAAACUUUAAGGUACGUGCGAACGGACGCAACAACUCCCUGGUAGUUGUUGGCCAACAAUGUUGCGUCCGUUUACACGGGGCUUACGAUGUGUUUGUUUAGUUAAAGAUUUUAUUUUGUAGUAUGCUGCUGCCACCUACAUUGCAGCAUUCUACUAAACUAGUAACAGGGUUAAACGUUUUAUCAGGUAUCGAUACACACUUUGUAAACCGAAUAUUCAGAGCACUCACAACUGUAAUGACAAAAAAAAAUACCCACAGCUUUAUUAGUUCUCAAAAUAUAAGUAAGGAAAUAUACGUUUUAGUUUAAAAUCUGCCCCUUUUUUGCAGCUAAUCGAUUCAAUAUGUUUGAAAGCUGAAGUUUGUUUGUUUGUUUAGUUGUAGUACAGUUUGUUGAUGUUUACACUGACCGAUUGCGCUUUUAAACUAGAAUAAACGUCCAAACGUUGUAGGCGUUAAGACGUUCAAUUGAAUGUGGAAAGUAACUUUGUGAUUGCCUCGGUUAAGCUCUGCAACGCGUAGUAAUGAGCCCAAAAAGCGCGUCAUAUCUAUUUUUUCGACCAGUCAGAAUUAAAACCGAAACCAGUCGUUUCUUACAGGCACGUGUAACCUGCAUGUGUUGCUGCUCUUACAGUUUGUGCUUUCAACUAGCUGAGGUAGAAGUUCACUGUUGUGUUGUGAAACCCACUAAAAAUGUAAUUCCAGAACGAGGCGUUGUAUUAUAAUUUUCAAGUCUGAUGCUAACAUGCAUGAAAGCUAACCAAAGCCGUUGUACAGUGAAAAUUCCAAUUCCUUGUACACACCACUUUUACACGGCGUUUGUCAGUCCACUGCUGACGUUUUCUCUGUGCUGUAUGUUUGUGUAGGAUAUGUCUGAAGAUGAAGUGAAGCCGAUGACAGUGUCGCAGUUCCAUUUUACUGGCUGGCCAGAUCAUGGUGCCCCAGACACUGGCUGUGAAUUUCCUGCGCUUAACUUCAUUCUCAAGUCUGCCACCGCCAGUCGGGAUGGUGCUGGCCCCGUCAUUGUACAUUGCAGGUGUGAUUCAUGGGGGGAUUAAGGGACCGCCCCUCCCCCUCCACACACACACACACACACACACCCAUAAACGCUCCUUUUUUCUGUGAUAUUUUCAGUAAAAUACUAUGUGCUGCCAAGUGCUCCGCCCUGGUACCCAUUUUCAAAUUUUCUGGAUCUGCUCCUGUGAUUGCUAGAAAGAGUGCAUAAUGGUCAAAGCUCCUGUAUGCGACGUCUGUAGUGGUCGCGUACAAGAAUCGAACCACGCGAGGGGAGGUGGGGGGGUAACCCUUUUCUGAGAAGAGGACUGGAGAAAAUUUAUUGCAUGCAAUUUCUUAGUUACGAUGUAAGUAGUUCGUUUCCUCAAAAGUUAUCAUCAUCAUUAUCAUCAUCAUCAUAGUCAUCCUCCUCCUCCUCAUUACUAUUAUUAUUAGUAUUAGUAUUAGUAUAAGUAUUAGUAUUAGUAUUAGUAUUAUUAUUAUCAUCAUCAUCAUAAUCAUUAUGUUCUCUACUCGUUGCGAACAGCAGUAUGAACUCUGUAUUCCACUUGUUGUAUUUGGUUUUAAUUCAUUAAUUCGUUUAUUUACUUAUUUUUUUAGCGCUGGUGUGGGCAGAAGUGGAGCGUACAUUGUAAUCCAUAGUAUGGUUAAAAGAAUGCAUGUCACUGGAGACAUCAAUGUCUUCGACUUUUUAUCCCAGAUUCGGCAGCAACGAAAUCACCUUGUUCAAGAGGAGGUAAGUCGAGCUUGGUUUAAGUGUAAGAGUAACUUAAAACCCUGUUUUCACCCUUGUUGUUCGGGUUAUAAAGCAGCUUGCAUUCAGAUUUAUCUUAAGCCCUCCACCUUGGAAAAUGUUCAGCUGGUCAAAAUACAGAUUGACUGGUAACCCUUUCAUCCUCCCAAAAGCGGCCAGGGUCAAAAUUUGGUGAAAGUUUCAAUUUCUAAACUGCUUAGAAACAAAUAGUAUCAUGUGAAAAUUUUGCUGAAGAGGUUUCAAUGAAUGGCAACAGCAAAGGAUUUCAUCCACGUAUUCAAAAAGUUCAAAACACUUUGCAGUACUCCAUCAUUCACUCAUUGUCAACACCAAUGCCAUUAUCAUCAUCAUCAUCAUCAUUAUCAUCGUCACCAUCAUCAUCAUCAUCACCAUCAUUGUCAUCAUCAUUAUCAUCAUCACCAUUAUCAUUAUCAUCAGUACCAUCAUUGUCACCAUCAUCGCCAUCAAACCGUCAUCGUUAUCACUAUCACUGUCGUCAUCAUCAUCACCAUCAUCGUCGUUGUCGUCGUCGUCAUUAUCAUCAAUUCAACGCCACACCGACUCGAUUUCACGCGAAGUCUCAGUAUGGCAGUCUAUCCACUUAUAUCAGUGGUUUUAAUCAGUAUAAAUCCAUUUUAGCAGUCGCUUAAUCUUGCUUAAAGUGCUUGUACAUAAAACACAUAUAAAACACAUAUUCUUCGUUUAAUAGGCCAUUUCCGAGUUCCAAAAAAUCUCACUCUCAAAACGAGGCUAAGUGCGAAACCUUUGUUUUGAAAAUGAGUUUUAUUUGCAUCAUAAUUAAAAAUCAUUUUCAUGUCAAUGGCGUCGCACUUAGCCUCGCUUUGAAAGUGAGAUUUUUUGGAACUCGGAAAUGGCCUAUUGCAAGCAGUUGCAUGAACAGGCUUGAGUCUCCUUCAGGUAGGAAAACAUUGCACCACGGUCCUUCUAAUCAAAACUAACGUUCAUCUUUCCUUUUCAGUGCCAAUACAUAUUUGCCCACGAUGCAUUACAGCAUUACAUUGAAAGCGGCUUCAAACUGGAGAUUGCUGCAGAUGAUCUUAAAGACCAUCUACAGAUACUUAUGAAGAAUCUAUCAAGCCAAAGUCGCCUAGAUUUAGAACUUGAGGUUUGUCGGGAUUAAACGUUUAGCCUUAGAAAACACCCGUCAUUUCGCGACGUUAUCAACGGUUUGCAGCGAAAUGAUGACUGACAAACGAGCGCAGAAAUUCCAUACUGAGUUGAUGACGUGUCACUAACCAGAUCUGGGUGGUGCUUCUGAUUGGUUGAAGCAAAUUUCUCUCGCGGCAGGACCAAUCAGAACCACUACCCAGAUCGAGGUAGUGAGAUGUCGUCAGUAUGGAAUUUCUGCGCUCCUUCCCCAGACUCCAGUUCACGGGGGAAACGUUUGUAGCAUCGCAAAAUGUCGUCUUUUUUUUCUCAGGCUAGAUUUAACGCAGAUUAAGCUUAACAAAACUAGGAUAGCUUAGUCAAUAUCAAAUUCCGUAUGGCCUUUUCCGGAACGGAAGGCAUCAACCCCGCGAUCGGAAGUUCCCGGAUCGAGUCCCCUUGCUAUGUUUUUUUUCUUCGUAGUCCCGAGUCUCGCUUCUUGUACAUGUAAAUAGCCAAUACGAUUGCCUCUUUGGAAUUUUUAACCACUUGAUUGGUGUAAUAAUAAUAAUAAUAAUAAUUAUAAUUUAUUCAUUUAUAGUGCGCUUUUUAACAUGCUAGGUGAUCAAAAGCGCAAAAGCCGAAAAAUCAAAGAGCGCUCUCACUAAAAACAAAGGCUUCUUACGGAGUCAAAGCCGAAAACUGUGGAACUUUGUCACUGGUUGUUGCCUUUUCCUUCUUAAUUUCUCCUUUGUUCACUUUUCAGUACCUUAAUGCAGUUCAAAUUAAACAUUACAACCUCAAGCAAGCAAAACGCGGCUGCAAUAUGGCAAAGAAUCGCUCAGUGGAUUACAUACCAGGUAAGCCGACCGUUCUCUUCUUAGUUUCAUGCGAUUAAAACCAUACGCGGGAUUGCGACUCUUAAAAGAGACUGGUCAUAUUAUUAUUGAAUGAAGACUUAGAAAAAUGUGGUUUUACCAACUAAGGUGAUAAAAUAGUACACCAUAAAAAGAUUGCAAAAUCGUUCUUGGCAGAGCUGUUCUUGUUCAGCUGUGCAGUUUAUAUGUCAAAUGUUCUUUCCCCCAACAGCGGAACUGUACUCUUCUGUGUAUAAACCUUCCAUGCAGGAAGAGGUCUCUUUUAUAAACCAUACGCCACAGACGAAACUGGACGUCUGGUUUAGUCCGUCUGCGAGCCAGCGCCGAUAUCCUUGUUCUGGGUCCCCAGCUGUGUACCAGGAUUUAAAUGCGAGCCAUGAUUGGCCCGUUAAAAAAGGCUAUUGUUCGAUUGGCAAAUCAGCUUGAAGGGAAAUUCAUAACGUACUUCCAGCUAUUUUUGAGCCCGCUGGGGGUCCGCCAGAACAAGGACCUCGGCGCUGCUUCGCAAAUGUUACUAGCCAGGCUUAGAUUGCAUCUGCGAAGCAGGCUUUUGAAAGUGUUGAUGAAAUAAAAAUAUUCUUUCUUAGCUGACAGCGCCAGAGUUGAAUUGUUUCCACGUCCAAGAGAGGAAGGCUCUGACUACAUCAAUGCAAGCUACCUCCCGGUAAGUUUGUCAUUUCUCAUUCAUAUACACCCAAAAGUAGAAUUCUGAAGAAACAAACCUAUUACUUUAAAAUAGUAAUUGGUAUCUUUGUUAAGGGCUGUUUACACGGGCGAUUUUAGCGUGCCAUUUGUUACGUGAUAAGAUGACUUGUUUUCUUGUGGCCCUUCUAGGAUUUUCGUAAAAGAGUUGCACUUCCAUUACGCAAAGUUUCAACAGCACGCAAAAACCUUAUGAACAGAAAUUGUUUGUUUGUUUCGUUUCGUUGUGCGAAAACUGCUAUAAAGUCACACGAAAUUUUGACUUCCAUGCGAAAAAUCUCGCUGAAAUUGCCAAUUGUGAACGCGCGCGACUUGAUCGCCGCUCUGGUUGUGCAACACAUCUUAAAGUAAAAUUUCCUGUAUAAACACCCCGUCUCAUUUGAAGAUGGCAAUUUAGUUUGCCUUCCGCCAUUUGGUUCAGGAUCUUGUCGUGAUCAGUUGGGUCUUGUAGCGGUAAAAUAUCUGUUGCAUUUAAGUAUAUAAUUUUAACUGCAAAACCAAUAAGUUCUUUAUGUUUGCUUUAAAAGAUUUGACCGUUUCUUCUCUUUUGUACGAAACUUCUUGUUUGAUUUAACUCUUUGACCGCGGCAGAGUUAGCUCAGUUGGGAGAGCGCCGGUCUGCGGAACGGGAGGUUGCGGGGUUUAAUUCAAUUCCCGAGGCCGGAUAAAUACUCAAGGUCUUUAAAUAACUGGGAAUUAAAGAUCCUGCAUUUGCACGGCAAAAGGCAAGACCUUCGCAUGGCUCAGAUGACCACGUAAAUGGAGGCACCGUCUCUAGUAGAAGCAAAAAAUGACUUCCUCUAUGAGGAUUGUAAAGCCAAAUACACUGGCACUCAAAUUAAGUGUUUUUUUUCCUCAACAGGGAUUUUGGAAGUCACAAGCUUAUAUAGCCACUCAAUAUCCCUUGGAAGACACGACUAAUGAUUUUUGGAGAAUGGUUUGGCAGGAACACUGUCGUUCAGUUGUCAUGCUAGUAAGCAAAGAGGAACUUCAACAGGUACGAUGGUUUUGUGUUAGUGAGGAGGGAGAAUUUACACUUGUGUUACUUAUUAGCAAGGGAAAGCUUUAACAUGAAGCCCCCCCCCCUAUGCAGUUGUCCUCAUGGUUUCGUCACGCCAUCCUUUCCUUCUGGGGAGGAUUGCGUGACGAGACAAAUUAACGUCUGCAAGGGAACUAGGUAGCUUUAAACAUUUAAGAAGAUGAUUUUUUUUUUUUUUUUUGUGGGGAAAAGGGAAAAAGGAUUUCACGAUAGUUUUUUGUGAGGCAGGGAAGAGAACACUCCGGUUUUAAUAGAUACUAUUUUUGUCGAGGGAAGGGGAAAAGAAACGUCCAUCGGAAGUUCGUAGAGACCUUUUUUGAUAGAUGCUUUGUUUAACUAGAACCCUGUUUGUUUGUAGGAUUACUAUCACAGCUACCUUCCACCGUCUUAUGAAACAGCAAGAUUUGGUGAUUAUGAGGUUACGGUUGAUUCGCUGGAGACGCUUGGAGACAUCGUAGUCAGAAAAUUACGAAUGGCAGCCAUUAAGGUAGGUUUUCAUAUGUCACACAACCCUAGUAAGAAAUCCUAGUGAUACACUCUUAUACCGUGACAUUCGUAUUUGGAGUGUCACGGAAGACGUAAGAGAAGUCUUAAAGUGACAAGCAACCCCCGUCCCAGGGCCUCUCCACUUAGCCUGAGAACGAGUUUGGUACCAGGCUCUUGUACAUCCCUUAUUUUCGUGACGUCUUACUAACGGAAAGGAAAUUAAGGGCCUGUUUACAUGGAGGUUGGGGACCCCAGGUGGGUGAGAUAACCCGCUUAGUUGGGGUAACUCGCCUGUCCAUAUAAUAUAUCAUUUUAUUUGAUCACGUUGACAUGAUAGGUGGGGUGACCAUGUGAGAGAUUAUAUGGACAGGCGGGUUGACUCACCUACCUGGGGUCUCCCACCCCCAUGUAAACGAACCGUUAAAAAACCAAAAAAACUCAUACUUAGUUCUAAGGCACAGGCUGCGGGAAACAAAGCAAAAUAAAUUCCAUAUUGAGCAAAUAGACGUUUCCUCUUCACACAUGAGACACAAAUUACGAGAGUUGCUUGAACAAUCUUGUUUUGUUUUGCUCUAUUUAUUUGCCACACAUGAAUAGAAAUGACAAGCGAUAUAUUAAGUAUAAAAAAGAAGUGGCGAGGAGACCUAGCAGAAACUAUAGGUAAGGCCUCCUCGAAGUACGGGCUAGGGCUGUUUCCAUUAAUUGAAAAUAAGAUAACGUGAAGUCAAAGGUGGAAAAGAUUUAAGAUCAUUUUUCAUAUUUACUUAAUAAUUUAAUCUUUAGUAUUUUCUUAAAGGGGGAAAGGCAAAUAAGUGGUUUCCCUACAAGUUUUUAAGGAAAUAAGCAGUUGUUCCUAAACCUUCCAAGAUCCACUAAGCAGAAAUUAUGGUGACUUAUACUUUGCUUUUUGUUUCUUGUAAGGAUCCAACUGAGUACCGAAAUAUCCAGCAUUUUCACUUUCUUCACUGGCCGGAAGAUGGUAAUCCAUGGUCGGGUCAGACUAUCCUACAGCUCAUUCGCAAAGUGGAUAGCUGGGAGGAUGAAGUCAAAUUGUCCGCCAAGCCCUUCGAGACAAUUGGUCCUAUUGUCGUACACUGCAAGUGAGUGUGAACUAUGCCAUGUUAACGGACCGAUUAUUUAACUUUUGAGGUGGCUUCGUGCUGGGUAAUUUCGGAUAGAUUGUUAAAUCUGAUUCAGUAUAAGUUUCUAGGAGACUACCCACCCCUUCCUUAACACAACAUUUUCCACUACACAAGAGGUUAAUGCUAAGGUUGGUUAAGGGAAGGGGAGGGUGAACAGUUUGCUAGUACGGACGAAAAAAAGAAUCUUUUAUUAUUCAUUACAAAUAUUUCUCCGUUUCUGAGUGGCUUAAUCAGAAACAUCGCUUAAAUAUUGGACACAUUGCUCUUAUGCAUUACACUAAACGUCGGUUUUUGUUUAUUCGUUUGUUUGUUUUCUUCCUUGUCAGUUAUGGGAUUGGUCGUACUGGAGUAUACUGUCUUCUACACACUAUGUAUCACCAAAUAGCAAGAGAGAAUACUGUUUCCAUCUAUCAAGUGGCACGCUUGUACAAUUUCCAGAGACCAAACUGUGUUUCAACCAAGGUAAGAAAUUGUCUGUUUAGUCUAACGUCCGUUUCAGUUUUCUUUUCGGGGAGCAGUGGUUUAUUUUUUUUAUGGUUCCCGUCCCUGUUUUGAGGUUCUUCGAGUACUCCGGUUUUUUUUCCUCUCCUCAAAAACCAACAUUUGCCGGUAAUUUCAAUUGGCCAUGUUACAAACGUGUGGGGGAACUGGUACGAAUUGUGACCGCGAGGGCUCUGUGACAGUGAUAUAGGCAUCCCCUUCUCAUAUUACCUUAGCGAUCUGGGUUAGGGUUACAAGGAAUGCCCAUAUCUCUAGGCUUUGGGAAUGGGGAUGCCCAUAACACUAAUGGUUUGGAGGGAGAGCAAAAACAUGUCGGACAGCAGCAAGCCACCUGUUAGAGGCGUUCUCAAGGUUGUUGUGUCUCAAGAAGACAUAAAUGGCACAUCACGGUCUUCUCAUGUCCUUUAAUAGUGGAGGUAAGUUGCUUUUUUUGAAAUAAAACAGUGAUUUUGUUACAGAUAGUUAUGGUGAGUCCUGGGACUCAUCUUGUGAAACAUCACGAGUCCCAGUCCAGAACCAGUGAGUCCCAGUGAAAAAAAAACGAGUCCGAAAUUGAAAAUGCUUGGGCCUUUAUGUGACCAGACAGUUAAUGUGAAGUCAGACUCCAAAACCCUGUAUUACAGUAUACUGAAAUUUAAAUACAGUCCUUCUUUUUUCAAGCACAACAAAGGCUAAAAGAAAUAUGCAUCGUUAAACAACAACCAUAAUAACCGCUACAGAAAUUACACGAAGGGUAUAUUUCUACAAAUACACAUGUUCAAUCGAUCGAUCUUUGCGUCCUACGAGACGCAUGUCCUGAAUUACUUUGCGUCUUUGGGGAUCUUUAAGCGUCAGGGAUGCAGGACGCAGAGGUAACAAAAUCACUGCUAUAUUUGCAGUUUAGAACACAGCACUUGUAGUGCGCCGCCAUGUUUGUAUACCUUCAUGCUGUCCUUCCAAACGGUCCCAAGAAUCUUUGUGGUCGCGUAUUAUACCCAGCUUUCCACUCAAUUUGAACUUGGCGAAUUCUAUUAGGAAUGGUAUACAAAGGGAACCUUUGUGGAUGUCGCCCAAGUCAUUAUCAAUUUUUUUGAUAUAAUGAUACUUGAACUGCAUAAUUUUUAUCUCAGUUCUGAAAUGGUUAAUAACAAAACGCAUAUUGUUGUGAAUUAGGUUACAAAAAUUUCCGAGAACAUUCCACACACACCGCCACAAAAACUUGCCACGGCUACCAGUAACCCCACCCCCCGUGUCUCUCCAGGCGCACGCGAAUGAUUCUUUGCAGUGCUGUGUUGCUUUGCCUCUAUAAGCUGCACUGCUUAUAACUUUCCACGAUAAGUUCCUUAUUUUAAUACACAUUUGUUAUUAUUCAUAAGGAACACUACGAAUUCUGUUACGACACACUGGUGGAAUAUAUUGAAGCCGGCUGUUCGUUACAUCUUGUAUGACAUGAGGUGCAUUGCGUUACGGAGGUGAAAUGCGCAAGGAAGUUGUGACAGACCAAGUUGCAGUUUUGCGGCCUGCAACGGAAAGGUACUCAGCGUUUGUCUCACCACGCAGUCAAGCCAAGACAAAGUCACGCAAUCUUACGUUAAGAACCGUAUAUCACGCCCCGCUUCUGUGCUUUUACGUGACAGUGCAAUGGAGGCUGUGCUCGUUCAGAUUGUGGUAGUUUAAAUUCUUAUUUCAAGUCUUGUUUCUAGUAUAGUAUCCCGAUACUAGGUAGAAUUCAGUCAGAUGAAAGCAGUUGAGAACAAAGGGCCCGAAAAGUCAUGCGCGAUCAGAACCUUAUUAGACUUUAUCUCUCAGAGACCUGUCGUUGUGACUUUUACACGGGACCUCCAAUUUAACAAUGCGCGCACAGAUAACCCAUCACUGCCUUUUCGAAUUUUAGUCAGUAUUUCGUCACCAACAAAAGCUUUCCCUUUCGGCUUGCCGUAGUUUACUGAAGAAAAUAAGAGCAAAUUUGUUUUUGUUGGUUCAAAUUUAAGGCUGAAAGCUUAAUUUAGCCGUUAAAAGAAAAUAUAAUCAAGAUUAUCAUAUUUAAUAAAUGAUGAUAGGAAAUAGUUAUAAUGUUUAAAGAGUUAUUUCUCGGAUAAAUUUUAGUCGUCUUUUUUGCGUCAUAAAAAGAUUGAAAUCAAAAUGGUUUUCUUUGUAGAUAAAAAUUUGAAAUAUACCGUGUUUCCUCAAUGAAGCGCCUUGGGGCGUUUUUUAAACCAAGCCCAGUUUAUCCAUAACGGUUGCUUCUUUAACAGAAUAUUUAUUCAUCGCCUUUUGCGGUCAUACAUCUCGCUGCUGUAUCUAGAGUUUAUUGCGGUAUCAAUAAAUACAUGCCUGACGGGCUUAUUUGGUACUUUCGCAUUUAGACCUAGCAUUUAAUCGAGAAAACUCGUUGUUUCAGUCGCGUGGAUAGUAGCCUGCGUAGCAAGCAUAUCCGAUCAAGUUAUUAUGUGAAAGUUGCAACUGUUGUGCCAUCUUUCUCGACAAGCUCGCGCGGAAACGCGGGCUACUUAGAUAGAUAUUAUUGUUAAAGGGAAACCUUGCCAUACUGACGAGAAGAGUGACUAUGGAAUUGCCUCUUAGAGAAAUAACAUGGUCGUUAUGCGUAAAAAUAGAGUUAUGUAUUUUAAUUUUUAGAUUUGCUUAAUGAAUAAUAAAUCGCAUGACACCCGUCAUGGCUUUUACUACGAGAGCCCAUUGUAUUGAAUUCCAAAAGCAGAACACUUAGGCUUUCUGUGAAAUUAGAGUGUAAUACUGCAUGGUAGUCUACCACCUUUUUCACGGUUAAAGUUAUAUCACUCUGAAACAAGAUAUUUCUAACGUAAACUUCACUGGAUAAAAUCCUACAGUGUGACAAUUCAGAGGAAAGCAGCUUUUUUCCUGAUAGAAGUAGAUUUAAUGGAAGUUGAAUUUCGUUGCUAUUGCAAGCCAAAGAAGAAGACCAGUCGGUUUAUAAAGGUUCAAAAUUGUUGAUUCUUUUGAUAUUUUAUGUUUAUAGUGUAGACAAUUAUUUUUUAUUUACUGUACAGUUACUUU